UUGAUUUAGGCUCCGUUUGGGAGGAGGGAAGGGAAUGGAAUGGAAUGGAAUAAAAGGAAUAUUUUUAGAAUAUUAUUCCCUCCUCUUGUUUGGGAGUUUUAACGGAGGGAAUGGAAUGUCCAUUCCCUUGUUUGGGAGUUUAGUGGGAGGGAAUGGAAUGGUUAUGAGGGAAUGCUCAUUCCUCCCUUUUCCCUCAAAACCUCAAAUUUUUGUUCUCCUCAAAAUUAGGAGGAAUGAGAGGGAAUGGAUUUAGGUUUAAUGAAAUUUUUGUUAAAAUCCCUAAAAUACCCCUUCAAUAUCAACCCUUUUUUUCUCAUUCAGCCGUAAAAAAAUAUAGCUAUCAUUCUAUUGUCCGUUCUCUGUAGAGUGAAGCUGCUGCCGUUGGUCUUGCUUUUUCUUUUGUCUGCUACAAUUUUCGGUUAUUGCUCAAACCAAGUAUGUGUAUCUUUUUCUUUUUCUUUACGGUUGUUUGCUAGGCUUUUUUAAUUUUUUUUUUUUUUUUAAUUUUUAUGAACUGUUUGCUAUGAGAGUGAUAUAUAGUGUUUUUGUUUGAUCAGCCUCCCUCUGUCUCCCUGUAUUGUAUUCGGAUAUGAAUGGUUUGUAAAUAGUUAGUUGUUUUAUAAUAUAUAUCCCUUUUAACCAAAAAAAAAAUAUAUAUAUAUAUAUAUAUAUAUAUACAUAUAGUGCUUUUAUACACCUAAAAACCAAAACAAACUAGCAUUUUAUACACCUAAAAAUCUUGAAAGUGAAAAGAAACAAAAAUUGUUGUUAGAGUUACCUGUACAGCUAAGAUUCGAACUUGUAUUUAGAAAUUUGAAAGUGAGAACUGCUAAAAAAACUACUGUAGAACUACUGUAAAUUUGAAAGUGAGAACUGCCGGAGGACUCGCCCAAUUUUCUUUUUACUCUGUUUCCGCUCUGCUUCCUCUGUUAUUUAUGAUCUCUGCUUCCUCACGAUCUCUGCUUCCUCUGUUAUUUAUGAAGCAAGUGGUGUGUUGAACUUCCAGUUUUAACUAUCCAAUGCUACUAUAUCUCCAAGGCUUCACACGUGUAUGGUUAAUAGGAAAUAUCUACAAAAGCUAGUGUUCAAGGUUAGACAACAGACAAGUGUGCGGUUAAGAAAAAAACAAGAAUAAAAAAAAAUUUAAAUGAGAAAAAAGUAAAAUGUAAAGUAUUUUAAUUAAUAUAAUAGUAGGUGAGAAUAUCAACACAGUGCCGUAGAAUAUCAUAAAGUAUUUUAAUUAAUAUAAUAGUAGGUAGGUGAGAAUAUCAUAAAGAUGUAAAACAGUAUCAUAGAAUAUCAUAAAUUAUUUUAAUUAAUAUACUGCUACUUCUUGGGCAAUACACAGUGCCGUAGAUGAGAAUAUCAUAAACCCAAGGCUUGGACUCCAGAGCAACAACCAUAAGGGAAACAAAGAGAGUUACUUUCAUUGCCAUGGUUAUUUUACUAUUAUUCUCUUACAAUUGACUUGCUAAAAUGCUAGGCAUUGGGACCAAUUUAUAUUAUAUGAGAAAGAAAUUAAAGGAUUAUCAUAUUUAUGUUAUAUUUUAUAUAUUUAUUUAUCAAUGUUGAGAUACAAUACUAAAUAAUAAAGAUGUAAAUGUAUUUAUGCAUGUGUGUAUAUCUGCUUACAAUGUGCCCAUAAUUUUCUAAGUUGGACUAAUAACAUAGCUAUUUUUUUACUUAGAUGGAUUUGAAUGAUGAGGUACUUAAGACCAUAAUUUUUUCGGACUUUAUACGGAAACUAGCAUUGGUUCAUGCUGCAUGCCGUUAUUUGUGCUACAUUAUCCAUCAAAGGCAACGACUAAAAAGAAAACGUGUUCCCCACAUCCCUACACAAUCAACCAUAGAAAGACAAAAAGUUCGUGAUGAACUAAUGUCUCGACUUAGGAAUAGUAAAAAAUGCUAUGAUGUAAUACGCAUGGGUCCACAAGCUUUUCAAGGUUUGUGUGACAUUUUGCGGAGAGAUGGUGAUCUUCAAGACACACAGCGUGCCACGGUUGAAGAGCAAGUUGGCAAGUUUCUUCACAUGUUAGCACAUAAUCAGACAACUCGUACAAUGUCCUUCUUUUUUUGUCGUUCCAGUGAGACCAUUAGUCGCCAUUUCCAUAACGUGCUAAGAUCAAUAAUUAUGUUAGAGGAUCAAUUCCUUCAACAACCUGAUGGAACCCAAGUGCCACUUGAAAUACUACAAAGUAGUAGGUUCAACCCAUAUUUUAAGGAUUGUAUUGGGGCACUUGAUGGAACACAUGUUCGUGUCAAAGUGUCUAAUGAGGAUGCACCAAGAUAUCGGGGUAGGAAGGGUUACACAACACAAAAUGUCUUGGCAGCAUGCUCAUUUGAUUUAAAAUUCACAUACGUGUUACCAGGUUGGGAAGGAACUGCGUCAGAUUCAAGAAUAAUAAAGAGUGCUUUAACUAGAAACGAUAACUUGAAAAUCCCACAAGGUAAAUAUUAUCUUGUUGAUGCGGGAUACAUGAAUAGAAGUCAUCUGAUUGCACCUUAUAGGGGAGUGCGUUAUCAUUUAAAAGAGUACUCUGUUCGUCCCCCUGAAAAUGCUAAAGAAUUGUUUAAUUUGCGACAUGCGUCAUUACGCACUGCUAUUGAAAGAGCAUUUGGUGUACUUAAAAAGAGAUUUCCUAUCAUAGCAAGUACUACAGAGCCUAAUUAUUGUGUUGACACUCAAAAUGAAAUCAUUUUAACAUGUUGCAUACUUCAUAAUUAUUUAAUGGGUGUCGAUCCUGAUGAAAGUCUUAUUGCUGAAGUUAAUGAAGAGGUUUUGCAUUCUCAUCGUGAACGUGUGGCCCCUACUCCAAGAGAAGAUGAUGAGGAUGCUAGGCAAGGAGAUAUUAUUAGAGAUUCUAUGAAGAGAAAAACAAUGGAGAAAUUUUAUGUGGUUUGGCAGUGUGUCUUAGUAUAA